AUGUUGGAUAUCUGCCAUAAAAAUCAGAGAGAUCCACUUAAAGACCUCCCCUCAUUAAAAUUUCGUUUUGUUAUUAUCAUGUUUUCUUAUUCAUCUUCAAAGCCUGAUGAUAUUUCCCAAGCUGAAUUUCUUGCUCAAAAAUUAACUGAACAAAUAAAACGGAAACGUAUUGAAUUACAAGCAUUGAUUUCAAAUAAUAAAAAACAACGUAAUAAAUCAAUACAUGAAGAAAAAAUACGUUUAAUAAAAACGUUGGAAACGAUUGAACAAGAAAAUAUGUGUCGUGAAACACAAUUAAUCCAAAAUCAAUAUCGUAUUGAUGAAAUACAGUUGAAUAUUCAAACGCUCAAUGAUCAUAUUGAAUAUUUGAAACGUGAUUAUAUCAAUGAAGAAAAGAAAUAUGAACAAGAAAAAUAUCAAUUGGUAACAAAAUUUGACCAAACAAAACAAUUAUGGACAAAUAAGAUAAAACCACAGUACGAACAAUCAAAAGUUUAUCAAUAUUUGAAAGAAGCUGAGAUAAAAUAUAAUAAUUUAGUCAGACAAGAAGAGUGUAUUGUUCAUGAACAAAAAACAAAAGAGGAUAAUUAUUAUCAAAAAUAUAAUAAAUAUUGUUCAACAGACGAAUUAAAUCAAUUGCUUGUUCAAUUAGCAUCAGUGGUAGUUAAUGAACAACAAAACCAAAAAAUGUAUGAAAUUGAUGAACAAAAGUUAUAUGAAUUAAAAUCAUAUCAUCGACAAUUAGUAAAAAUAAAAGAAGAAAAAAUAGCAGCAUGGGAAAAAGUAUUUAUCCAACCAAGAAAAACCGAUCUGAUGGAUUUAAUUCUUAGUCAACAAAUUGAUCUAUCAUCUCAAAUUGAUAUAACACAAAUACAACAGUUAUUCUUACCUGAUAUUUUUAAUCGCCAACAAUCAUUUGUAAAUUCGAUAUCGUCAAUGGACGAAAAUCAAGUUAGACUUCUAAAAUCGCCAACCUCAAAUGAUGACGCGUUACAUGAGAUUAAUUUUGAUGGGAGUGCUAUCAAUCAUGAAGAAUUGAUUGAAAUUCAUUCAUCUGUAAUCGUAAGUGAAACAUUGAAAGAUAAAAGACAGAAUGAAGAUACAGAACAAAUAGAAACGACAGUAGUUGCUCGAUCAGAUGAAGAACAACAGCAGCAACAACAAUUAUUAACUACCGCCAUUGCUGAGAGAAGUCGAUAUCAUUCGUCAUCUCAAAAUGAAACUGGUUUAUCAGACGAUUUUAUGAUCGUUGAUCGUUCUUCGUCACUUUCACAUUUGACAACAGUCAUUGACGAUGAUGAACAAGACAUUAUCAUUUCGUCAAAAAGGAUGAAAACAAAGAAACAAGAGCCAAUGCAUUUUACUCAAGAAUUUCUCGUGCAAAAAGAUCCGAUGAGAAAAUCAGCAUUUACAGUUGUUUCACCACUACAUGAUAAAGAUUUGAUACCAACACAGAAAUUUAGUACAACAAUGAAUGAGAAACAAGAACAACCAAUGGUAUCAUCUUCAAUCAGCUAUAAUGAUAUGAAUAUGUCUUACGUAUUUCCUUCUCCUGAAAAGUCGGUAAAAGAAAUGCCAGCCGGAAAAUCAGUGUCAGACAGUAGUAAAAUGAUUAAAAAUUUAUUAUCGAGUGAACAGUCAGCGAAACAAAGGAAAACAACAACAAGUAAUGAAAUGAUUAAAACAAAUUCAGCUGAUUUUUUCAUCAAUCGUCAACAAACAACACAAAUCAUAAAACCAUCACUACCAUCAUUCAUCUACCAGUCACCAGUCAAUAUAAACUCAGGAUUACCGAUGAUUAACGAAACAACGGAAUAUGUUGAGUCUUUAACUACACCCCCGCGAUAUUCAUUACAAAGACCAAUUCCAUCGCCAUUUUCCCAGUUUUUUCAAAUGGAAACAAUAGCCUCACCUUUAUCCUCAUCCGUUUAUUCAAACGUGAAAGCGAACGAAAUACCAUCUAGAAAUCAACAACAUACAAGUCUCAUUCCAGACAAUCUACCAAUUGCUUCAAAUACAACAAUAAAUAGUGAACGAUCCGUUGCACAAGUUCAUCAUCGACCACUAACAUUGUCGUCAACGUCUAUUCUACCAAGUGUAACAAGCAACGAUAUACAAGCCAUGUUGCUGUCACAUUCCAUAGCACCUCAAGAAUAUCAUUCAACCUCUUCUUAUGUCAGUGCACCAUUUGUCUUCGAUAAUACUGCUUUUGGAAAUUGGAUGAUCAAUAAUAAAACAACAACAGCAAAUCCUCAUUAUGAUUCAUUCGAUUUUCAAUUAUCAUCACAAGCAAGUCAAGGAUCAAUUGAGUUUUCGGGACUUAUUAGAAGCGUUGGAUCUUCGUUUUCCACGGAUUCAGAUGAUGAACGCAGCGAUAAAACAUAG